AUGCCCUCCAUUCUCAGUGACGCAGACAAGGAAACUGUCAAGCGGAAUGUCCCCAAACCCGCCAACAAGAUCCUUGCCGUAGCUGUCGCGCGACUCUACGUUGCCUACCCGGAUGGACAGAAAUGGACAUAUACCGGAAUUCAAGGAGCUGCUGUCCUCUGCAAUGACCUUGUAGGAAGGACGUUUUGGCUGAAAAUAGUCGAUGUCUCGCCCGCUGGCAGGGGCGUGAUCUGGGAUCAGGAGAUCUAUGACAACUUCGCUUACAACCAGGACCGAACCUUCUUUCACACAUUUGAACUUGAAACCUGUCCCGCCGGCCUGUCCUUUGUCGACGAAAAGGAGGCCAAGACCUUUAUCAAGAAGGUGCAUGAGCGCGAGAAACAUGCAAGUAAAGAGACCACCAAGACUCCUUUUGCAUCUACUCGAGGCCAGGGACCUGCUCCUGUUACCAAUGGUAAAGUAGGACGGUCCUUGUUUGGCAGCUUGUUGCAUCGUUCGAGCCCAGCUCCAAGUGCACCACCGCCGACAGCAUUUGCGCCUUCAAUUCAGGUUGCUCCUCCGCCUCCGACGCUAUCCCCAAGUGUACCACCAGCCAAGCCAGAUUUACCAUUUGAUACGAGUGACCCUUCUUGGAAAGGACUGCUGGAUGAGCUUAAGGGGAUGGGAAUUACCGAGGACCAAAUCGCCGAGAAUUCCGAAUUCAUCAAAGCUUGGAUUGACCAGAAGCAGGCAGCGGCGGCCGAGUCUGCUCCUCCACCGCCACCUUCUGCACCUCCCACUCCGAAAGUAGCCUCGAUCAGUCCCCAAGUCACGGGUUCCAGCUCGACAAGCAGAAGGGGACCGCCGCCGCCGCCUCCGUCACGGAAAACACGAUCUGAAGCACCAGAAGAAUCGGUUUCUGCCCCCCCUCGUGAGCCAUCUCCGCCUGCGCGGAGAUUCAAUGCGCCGCCUCCAUUUGCAGAUGCAGGAAAAUUCGCAGAGCCCGCCGGCCCUGUACCUCCGCGGCGUCCACGCGCAGUUUCGAACGUCAAUGUUGGGCCUGGGCCUCCACCGCCCCCACGGCCACCAAAGACACCAAUGGAUGAUAGCCAAUACCAAUCAAGCCACUCGCGAUUUGGGGUACCACCGCCUUUCUCUGGUGACCGCAAGGUGUCUGCGCCCCCGGCACCCCCCAGCCGUAGCCCUGCACCAGGUGGCCCUCCCCCUCCGCCGCCUCGCACAGCAAGCCCGGCAGCACCACCCCAACUGCCUCCUAAAGUGCCGCCCAUGACUACUUCAACUGGACCUCCUCCUCCGCCCGCCAGAGGCCCUGUUUCGCCCCCACUUCCACCCCCACCGCCUCGACCCGUGCCAGCUGCACCGUCUUCUCCUGCAGCAGCUCCUCCUCCUCCACCCCCAAGAGGACCAGUAUUGCCUCCCCCCCUCCCCCCCUCGGCACCUAAGCAUUCUCCUAGCGUCCCACCUCCCCCGCCUCCGCCGCCUGGUUCUGCAGCACCCGGUGGCCCCCUGCCCCCUCCGCCUCCGGGCCGGGGUGGCCCCUCAAUGCCUCCACCUCCACCUCCCCCUCCUCCUGCACCUGUUUCUGGGGCACCAGGUGGACCACCACCGCCGCCUCCACCGCCCGGAGCACCUGGAGGUGCUCCUCCUCCGCCUCCUCCGCCUGGAGCAUCUGGAGGUGGUGUCCCUCCUCCGCCUCCACCCCCUGGUGGUGCUGGACCACCUUUGCCAAAGCCCGCCGGUGGGCACAGCGAUCUGCUAGCGUCCAUCCGAGCUUCUGGUGGCCAUGGAGGCGGAGGCUUGCGCAAGGUCAAGGAAACUGAAAAGAAAGAUCGAAGUAAAGCCUUGAUGCCCGGUGCAGCCAACGAGUCCUCGACCACAAGCCCCAGUGCAGGAGGCAACCCGCAAGGUGGUUUGGCCGGCGCAUUACAAGACGCUCUCAACAAGCGAAAACAGAGAGUCAGCGGAAGCGAUGACGAGAAUGACAACGACGACGAUUGGUGA